AUGGACUCCUCAAGUCUGUUACAACCGAUACAACCGAAGACGAAACGACAGAAGACCAAGACCACGAGCAGACACUUCAUGAACACCCUACAGAUGGCUAAUACGCACGACUACGACGCACUCCUUACCCUAUUUGACCGAUACCAUAACUUCGCGCUUUCAACGCACAUUAAUCCUGAUGGUGAUGCAAUCGGUUCCGAAUUGGGGCUUUACCUCUUUCUCACGAAGCUCGGGAAAUCUGUUAAAAUAUUUAACACGGAUAUAGUACCCCCUAACUAUCGAUUUCUACCAGCUUGGGAUAGUAUUGAGAGCACGCAUUCCAUCGGGACAUAUUGUCCUGAGGUGUUGAUUGUUUUGGACGCAAGUACGCUGGAGCGAAUUGGAAAGAGGCUUUCCAAAACCUUGCAUCCUAUAUACAGCCUCGUUAACAUUGACCAUCACGCCACUGCAGAGGCGUUCGGCGACAUCAAUCUCAUUAUACCUACAGCCUCUUCCACUUCAGAGAUUGUUUACAAACUCAUUAAACAUCAUCAAUUCCCAAUAGGUGAAGCAUGUGCACUUUGUCUCUAUACAGGACUGAUGUUUGAUACCGGCUGUUUUCGGCAUAGUAAUACCACAGCCGAGACGCAUCGAAUCGCCGCAGAAUUAAUUGAGAUUGGCGGAUUCACCCCAGAUGAAGUUUAUCGGAAUGUCUAUGAACAGGUUCCUGUUGCUAAGAUACGCCUAUUGAGUGAAGUCCUCAGCACAUUGCAAAUAACAGAUGAUGGAAAAAUAGCAUCGGUGUAUGCAACACAGGCGAUGUUUCGCAAAGCUGGAAUGACUGCUGAUGCGGUGGAAGGGGUUGUGAAUCAGAUUCAAGCAAUAGCGGGUGUUGAGGUAGCACUCUGUGUGUCUGAGAUGGCGGAUCGAAGUACAAAAGUGAGUCUGCGGAGUCAAGGAUACGUUGAUGUUAGUCAACUUGCCGCAGAGUUUCAAGGGGGAGGACACGUCCGCGCCGCAGGAUGUCGGAUUGCCAUGCCCUAUCCAUUAGCCAUUGCUGCCCUUGUUCAAGCUUCACAACGCCACACUGAUCCGGGGCACAUGAGAUAUGGUGAUUGCCAGAAGGAUUGA